AGGAAAAGCCCUCUCCGGAAAAAUGGUAUGGGGUUGCUUGAGAACUAGAUGCUCUAGUAGUAUACAUUAUCUCAAACAAGUACGUUUUCUGUCCGUAGCAUUGUCUCCCCACCUUGAGUUUUACCCAUACAAAUCCCAUGCAUAUCACUACUCUUCAUGCGCUAAUGAUUGUUCCACAGAUGAGAUAGACCUUCAUACCCUUCAUGCUAAGGUGAUCAAGGUUGGUUCUUUACAGAAUUUAGAUAUGGGCAACCACAUUUUGAACUUGUACGUGAAGUCUCAAAAUCUGGGCCAUGCACAGAAAGUGUUUGAUGAUAUGCUCAACAGAGACGUCCGCACUUGGACGAUUCUUAUAUCGGGUUUUGCUCGAGUUAGUUCUGGAGGGACUGUUUUGAAGCUAUUCAGAGAGAUGCAGAAUGAGGGUGUGUGUCCAAAUCAAUUCACUUUGUCAAGUGUUUUGAAGAGUUGUUCUAGUUUGAAUGAGCUUAACUUAGGGAAGGAAGUUCAUGGGUGGAUUGUAGUGAAUGGGAUUGUUUUUGACUCUGUCUUGGGGAAUUCACUUCUUGAUCUUUAUGUGAAGUGUGAAGAUUUUGGCUAUGCGAAUAAGUUGUUUGAAUCGAUGAGAGAGAGAGAUACUGUGUCGUGGAAUAUACUUAUUGGAGGAAGUUUGCACAUUGGUGAUGUGGAUAAGGCUAUUGAGUUGUUUAGGAGUUUGCCCUUCAAAGAUGUUGCAACUUGGAACACGGUAAUUGAUGGGCUAAUGCAAGAUGGAUUUGAAAGAACUGCAUUAGAGCUACUUUAUGAGAUGGUAAAAAAUGGACCUCUGUUUAAUAGAUUCACUUUCACUAUAGCUUUGGCUUUGGUUUCUUCUUUAUCAAUUCUGGAACUUGGGAAACAAAUUCAUGGAAGGGUUUUGAGAUUUAGGAUUCAUGUUACUGGGCUCAUACAAACUUGUCUUAUUAACAUGUAUUGCAAAUCUGGUAAAUUGGAUAAGGCAUCUAUACCUUUUAGGGAAACAGUGGCCUGUGAUAGAAAAGAAAAUUCUGAGGCAUUUUGCCUCCAACCACUUACGGAUAUUGUUUCCUGGAGUACAAUGGUUUCUGGAUUUGUUCAAAAUGGUGAGUAUGAAGAUGCUUUGAAAACAUUUACCUAUAUGGUCCAUGAACAAGUUGAGGUUGAUCUUUUUACUGUCACUAGUAUUAUUUGUGCUUGUGCUAAUUCUGGAGCUUUUGAGCUUGGUCGGCAGGUUCAUGCUCUCAUUGAGAAAAGUGGCCACAGAAUAGAUGCUCACUUGGGAUCCUCGUUGAUUGACAUGUAUGUCAAAUGUGGAAACUUGGAGGAUGCUUGGAUGAUUUUCAAACAAACAAAUGAUGGGAAUAUUGUACUGUGGACUUCAAUGAUAUCUGGUUGUGCUAUGCAUGGGCAGGGGAGGAAGGCUGUUUGGCUUUUUGAAUGCAUGAUAAGUGAGGGGAUAACACCAAAUGAGGUCACUUUUGUAACAGUUUUAACAGCAUGUAGCCAUGCAGGGCUGCUUGAAGAGGGUUCUAGAUAUUUCAGAUUGAUGAAAGAAGUUUAUGGCAUCCAUCCUGGGGUGGAGCAUUUCACUUGUAUGGUUGAUCUAUAUGGGCGAGCUGGUCGCUUGAAACAGGCAAAGAAUUUUAUCCAUGAAAAUGGUCUCUCUCAGAUGAGUGCAGUAUGGAGGUCAUUUUUAGCUUCUUGUUGGCUUCACAAAAAUAUUGAGAUGGCGAGGUGGGUUUCUGAAAAGCUACUUCAUCUGAAUUCACUUGAUGCUGGAUCUUAUGUCUUGUUAUCAAACAUCUAUGCUAUUGAACAUAGAUGGGAUGAAGCUGCACAUGUGAGGAGUUUGAUGCAGCAAAGAGGUGUUAAAAAACACCCUGCUCAGUCUUGGAUCCAGAUCAAGAAUCAGGUUCAUGCUUUUAUCAUGGGAGAUAGAUCUCAUCCACAAGAUGCUGAGAUAUACACAUACUUGGACAAGUUAAUUGGAAGGCUGAAGGAAGUUGGGUACUCAUCUGAUGUGCAUCUUGUGAUGCAGGAUGUAGAAGGAGAACAAGGAGAAAUGCUUCUUGGUGUCCACAGUGAAAAACUCGCUAUUGCUUAUGGCAUCAUUAGCACAUCCUCUAGAACACCAAUUCGGAUAAUGAAAAACCUUAGAGUUUGCAAUGACUGUCAUAAUUUUAUCAAGUAUACUUCUCUGCUUUUAGAUAGAGAAAUAAUUGUGAGGGAUACACAUCGGUUUCAUCAUUUUAAAUAUGGUCACUGCUCUUGUGGAGAUUAUUGGUGAUCAAACCUGUUGCCUUUUUCAUGAGUUGUAAAUUGUUCAAAAGAUGCAAUAUUCAAUAAACUCAGCCAUUGGGUUAUCUCACCUAUUAGAUUAAGCCCUGCGGUUGGAAUUGAAUCUUUUAUACAUCAAUAAGGUCCAUGGGGAUAACUUGGGAAUCACCGUCUAAAGUUAAACCUCUAAGGUUUGCUCUCCGGCAUCAAUCGUGAUAAGGAUAUUAAAGAUUCAACAAACAGGUCCAUAUCUCCCAGUCAUCCAUUACAGAGACAUCAAAACAGCUGCAAUUUCUACAUCUUGAAAAUGUUUCUUGGGGAAUUUUGAAUGUCUAUAAAACUGUUUGAAAUUUCACAAAGCUCUUCCAUAUUAAUAUCAGAUGUACAUUGCUAAAGACAAAAAUUUGUCUUGAUUCAAGAAGUUCAAAUGUGUGCCAUGGAGGGUGCACACCAGAGUGCAUUCUCACAACAGUGAAGAUAUAGGUUUUGACGAGCGGGUGGUGCGUGGCUUGGAUGUAAUGCCUUCCGGCAACUUGAAACCAGAGAAUGGAGUUAACGUUGAAGAGUUUGAUGAGAAAAACAUUUACCGUGCAAGUUACAACUUAUAUGUUCAGUGCUACUAUGCCACCUGCUGUGGAGACGCUUGCAAGAAAUUACCUAGAAAUCCUGUUGUCGUUACCAUUGGAACGGCUGAAAGGGCCAUUGGCUUGAUUAUCAGUCUUACACUUAUUUUGACUAUGAAACUUAAUAUUGUUAAGGAAAUGACAUUAUGUUUUCGCAAGACUAGCAUCAACAU